CACUCUACCCUUCCCCCGCCCACCGGCCUGCCCCGGAAACGUAGGCGGCCGACUCGGCCCGCUCCCUUCCCGCCCCGGCUGGCGGCCCGGCUAGAGCAGCGGCGGGCCCCGCGGGAGCCGGCCCAAGCAUGUGGACCGCGGCGCGGCGGCCAUGAAAGCCGGCACCAUGAGGAUCCGCAGCAAAGGCCAUCACCCGGCAGGUGGUAUCCAAAUAAAAAAUGAGAAAAAUAGACCAUCUUUGAAAACUGUGAAAAAUGAUAACAAAUCAGAAAAGUCUAAAUAUAAGCCACUCUGGGGGAAAGUCUUUUAUCUUGAUUUGCCAUCUGUUGUGAUCUCUGAAAGACUGGAAAAGGACCUCAAGGAACUAGGAGGGAGGGUUGAAGAAUUUCUCAGCAAAGAUAUAAGUUACCUAAUUUCAAAUAAAAAGGAAGCAAAAUAUGCUCAAACAUUGAGAUGUAUUUCUCCUGUCCCGAGUCCAGAAUCAACAUAUACAGGAGGAAAUACUUCACCUCAUCCUAGUUGUGAUGGAAGUUCAUUCAAGACUCCAGAUCCAGUAUGUAUGAGCAGAGGAAAAUUAUUAGUUGAAAAAGCUAUCAAGGAACAUGAAUUCAUCCCUUCAAAUAGUAUACUGUCAAAUGCUUUAUCCUGGGGAGUGAAAAUUCUUCAUAUUGAUGAUAUUAAAUACUAUAUUGAACAAAAGAAAAAAGAAUUGUAUCUCAUCAAGAAAUCCAGCACAUCUCUACGAGAAGCAGUGGGGAAACAAUUAGGUGUUCAGAAAACAAAAACAGGAAGGCUCAAAAAGCCAUUUGUAAAGGUGGAAGAUUCAAGCCAUCAUUACAGGCCAUUUUACCUGCAGUUGUCCAACAUUCCUCUUAUAAACUAUUCUGCUCCUAAGCCCUGCAGUCCUUUUGAUUUGGAUAAAACGUCUAGUCUGCAGAAACAAACACAAGCUAAACAAAGGAACAGAACAGGUUGUGGAUCAGAUGAAGGGCGAUGCCCUCCCGUUCAGCCCCGCCUCAAAGAGAACAAGAAGAAGGGCUAUUGUGAAUGCUGCUCCCAGAAAUACGACACUCUCCAGGCUCAUCUUCUCAGUGAACAACACAGAAGCUUUGCACAAAGUACCCAGUAUCAAGUUGUUGAUGAUAUCAUAUCCAAGUUGGUGUAUGACUUUGUAGACUACAAAAGCAAUAUAUCCAGAAGAGUAAAAUGCAGUAUUGGAUCUUUUGCCCCCAUCAUUGGAAAUACUUUUAAAAGGAAUGAACCUGAAAAACAACUGGAAUCGCACAGUAUUUCCCCAAAUGAUCUUUGGGGAAAUACUACCAAACAAGUGAUAAAACAGGAUUCCCAGUAUCAAGAGAGCAGGGAUCCUUCGCAGAAGGUUGCCUUCAGUUCAGAGUCCAUAGAUCCACUUGCAUCAUACAAUUCAACAAGGAAACUCAGAGAACAUUUGGAUUGUAGAAAAUCUUCUAUAAUAAAUCCAGUGAAGGAGGACGUUAAGCUGGAUUUGGUACAACUACCUCUGAAUAAAGAUACGCAGGGCUAUAGGCCUAAAGUUUCUGACCAUAAUGGAACUGUAAAUGAAAAAGACUUAGAAGAACUAAAAACAGAAUACUGCCCGUAUAUCCUAGAGACAUUUAUGCACAUUUCUGAUUUUGAUGAAACAAAUAAAAAUGUGUCUCAACUAAAACGAAAGUCAGAUAGUACACUUUUUCCAGAUAGCUGUCGGAAGAAAAAAGGCACUAGUUCUCCCUGUGGUCAUAGUUCUGGUCUCAGGAUCAUUAGCAAUUCACCAGAAGAACAGCCUAGAAGUCCAGCCAAGACAGUAUCCUACUUUCAUACUGGUGAAGAACCCAAAGAAGUGGUUGUUGAAGGUUCAGACAGCUUUCCUUCAGGGAAGCUGCAGCGAAAAGUAAAAAUAGUAUUAGGAAGAAACAAAAAAAGGAGCCAGAAGAAGAAUGUGGAAUUACAUUUAAAGAACAAAACAGAAUUUCCCACAACAAAAGAAGACAAUGGUAUUUGUAAUUCACCAAUACAGUCUUUAGUUGAAUUAUUUCAAAGCAGUGAAGACAAAACUGAGUUUUUGGGUUUUAGAAGUUAUUCUGAAAACCGUGGUUCAUGUGAUGUGUUAAAAGUUCAGGAGGAAGAAAAUGUUGGGAAUAGCUUGUUGUCCAUGUUUCUCUCUUCCCCUUCUUCAACCUCCACAUUUACUGGGUUUUAGAGGAGUUUUGUUUUUGUUUUUGAUUUGUGUUUUUCACAAAUGGUGAGGAUUGUAUUCCUGAAAAUAUAUGUAUAUAUUUUAUAUAUAUAUAUUACAUAUAUAAAAAUAUAUAUGUAAAAAUUCUUGUUUUAUUAUUUGUCAAUUGUACAUUUAAUUAACCAAAUGUAAAUAUUAAGAAUAAAGAUGAUUAUUAGUAUUUUCUUUAAGAAUUAAAUACUUUUGUAUAAGUAAAUGCAACUGAAGCUAAGAUGUCUUCUACCUCUCUCAUAUUGUGUAUGUAAUUUCUAAAUAAAACUGUUUCUGAAUGAGCAGUUAAAUAUGAACUUGCACUGCAAGGAAGAUGACUUGCACUGGAAAGAUUGAAUAACAAUUCAUAUAAAAAUUUAGUGUCUCAAAUUUGGGUGUUACUAUAAUUAAAUGUUGAAAUAUUAGAUCUGGAACAAUAUGCAUACCACUGACAAUUACAUAUGAUGAUAAAAGCAUGUUUACAAAUUAACAGCGUUCAAAUGAAUGAAUGAGGGCUGCCUUAGGAGCUUUGCUGGCUACCUCUUAGCCAUGUUGUAAGGUAUGUCACAUCAAUUUGUCCUUUGAUUUUCUUGAAGUGAAUAUAUACGACUACAAUAAAGUUCUUUAGUGAA